AUGCAUGGAGCGGCUAUAGUAAAGGACCUGAACGAGUAUCUCGAUAUUCUUGGACAACCGUCAUUAUUCAAGCUAUAUACUCAAAUAUGCUUUUGCUUUUCAGUGGCCGAUGCUUCCUCACAUUUAGCAAUCAUCAACAUGUUGACGAGUGGUCUCGAACGACUGUCCGCGAGCUUUCCAUGGCUAGCAGGCAAGGUCGUCAACGAAGGUUCAGGUGAAGGCAACUCCGGCAUCUUCAAGAUCAAACCAUUGGAGGAAAUUCCUCGUCUGGUCGUGAAAGAUCUCAGACACGACCCCUCAGUACCAACGAUAGACGCCCUCAGACGAGCUAAUUUCCCCUUCAGCAUGCUAGACGAAACCAUCAUUGCGCCUCUCAAAACCCUUCCAGGAAGCUCCGACGAAUCCGCAUCGGACUCGGCACCAGUCUUCGUCCUCCAAGCCAAUUUCAUCACCGGCGGUCUCCUGCUCACCUUCGUUGGCCAGCACAUCACAAUGGACAUGACUGGCCAAGGUCAGAUCAUCCAUCUCUUCUCAAAAGCUUGCCGCAAUGAAAAGUUCACAAGCGAAGAACUGUCAUCCGGCAACCUUGCCCGCGGCAACCUCAUCCCCUUACUCGACGACUCCUAUAAACAAGGCUCCGAGCUCGCUUAUCAGAUUGUGAAACCCACGCCAUGUCAUCCCAUCUCCAACGACACCAACAGCCACACGGCUCCACCUUCUCCUCCAGAAUGCACCUGGACCUACUUCACGUUCGACCCAGGCUCGCUCGCCGCUUUGAAAUCAUCAGCCACGAAGAACAUCACCCUCCACUCAGGCUACAUCUCCACCGACGACGCCCUCAGCGCCUUUAUCUGGCAAUCCGUCAUCCGCGCCCGCCUCCCCCGUUUAAAUCCCACAGCUGAGUCAACUAUCGCCCGCGCCGUCGAUGUACGGCAUUAUCUGGAUAUUCCAGGGACGUAUCCAGGACAUGUGCAGAAUAUGACGUAUCAUACGUACACUUUUGAGAAGUUGGUUGAGGAGCCGCUGGGCGGUGUCGCAUCACAGCUUCGCUCGGCUUUAGAUCCCAAAACAUCGAAUCUAGGGUACAACACCCGUGCCCUCGCCACCUCACUUAACCGCUCACCAGACAAAAAUAUCCUCUCCGUCACAGCGACGCUUGACCUAUCAGCGGACAUCAUGUUGAGUUCGUGGGCGAAAUUAGACUGUUAUGAACUUGAUUUCAACCUUGGAUUGGGCAAACCUGAGUCUGUGCGGAGACCGCAAUUUGAGCCGGUCGAGAGUUUGAUAUAUCUAAUGCCCAGGGCGCUGGAUGGCGAGAUCGCGGUUGGGAUUUGUUUGAGGGAUGAGGAUAUGGAGAGGUUGAAGGCGGAUGAGGAGUUUGCGAAGUAUGGCAGGUAUAUCGGGUGA